AUGAAUUACUCGGGUGUAACUAUCAAAGAUGAAAUUUGUUGGUAUUGAAGAUCAAUUAGUAUAUAUACACUGUACGUAAAGUUAUGCUUUAAAACAUUCGUUCUACAGGUUAAUUGAUCAAAAGGAAAGCUAACGUUUAUUCAUUGCAGAAGAUCCUUAUUUUUGUAUACUAUAAAGUUUGAAUGCAUCAUAGAGAUACAGUAAACAGGUCUGCGGCACUGUGUUCAUGUGAAUAAAACAAAAACGUAUAUAUUGUGACUGAUUCAAGGUACCAACGAGUAAAACUACAUCGAUGGAAUACAAGUUUGACGCCUCUGAUCUACUUGAGACUGACACUGUGACGGGGGUCAAGAUGUCACGAAAGAUAGUGGUAGCCUUUGCCAUUCUAGGUAUUUUGCUUUUGGCCGGUAUUAUUGCAAUCGUUAUUCUUGCAGUAAGAGUGAAUGAAUGUUCAGCUAAACAAAGUGCAGACGAAGAUGACAUAGAUACGUCCAGCUGUGAUGAUAUUGCUAUAAUAGGGGCUGGUAUUUCCGGAAGUUACGCCGCCUGGCGUCUUCGAGAAAAAGGACUAAAGAUAUCACUGUACGAGUACUCGGACCGUAUAGGCGGACAAUGUUUUACCGUACAAUUACCGGACAUACCGGAUGUGAAUAUCGAAAUGGGCGCACUGCGGUUUGUUCCUAGCUGGCAUCCGUUGUUAAACAAAACUAUACAUGAGUUAGGUUUGGAUGUAGAAGACCUGAAGAAGGCAGAGUCGGGAGACGGUGACACUCUUUACUAUCUUCGAGGCAAACAUAUGUCAUACAGUGAACUUCCUGUAAAAGCUCCUUAUAACAUACCUGAGAACUACCGAAUCGACUAUGACACACUUCACUGUUUUUCCUUAGGCAGUAGAUAUCUCUUCAGGCAAAUAUACAUGAAUACCACAUUAGAAAGCAGCAGAGUUGAAACACUUACAGAUGAAAACAGACAAUACAUUAAAACAUUAGACGGUGUGGAUUUGUAUCGGCAGAGUUGGGAUGUGUUCAGUGGAAAGUAUCUAGAUAAAGAAACAACCAGUUAUAUAGUUGACGCCGCGGGAUAUGACUACGAGUUCGAAGGUACAAGCGCUGCACAAUAUGUUCCAAAGUCAAAUACUCCGUCAGGAUGGAAUACUGCCCGUUUCAUUACGCCUUCGAAAGGGUUUCAAGCCGUUCCAACAACAAUGGUAGAACAAUUUCUCAAUGCAAGCGCUAAGCACAUAUUUCAACGGAAUUUUCACUUGCGGUCUAUAAACAGGAACCGGGAUGGCCUUUAUAUACUUAAAUUUCAACCAACAGCAACUAAAGCUGGCAUUACCUCAGACGUCAAGGGAGCAACUCCAAAGAUGAUGUGUGCUCGAAAAGUAUUGCUGGCAGUACAAAAACUUGCACUAGAAAAUUUAGACUGGGAUGUCCUAAAGAACGAUCCUGUUAAAGACAUUCUGGAAAAUUCUCUUGUGAGUAUCCAUGCAACAAAGAUGUUUUUGGGAUAUGAAACUACAUGGUGGAGAAAUAUGCAGCUGUAUUCCAACAGUAUAGUGUCGGAUACACAUUUGAGAGCCACGUAUGAUUUUGCUAAUCUACAGUCGAAAUCUACGUCGAAAGCUGUUUAUAUGACUGCGUAUCCUGAUUUAAGUAACGAGUAUUGGAGGCAUGCACAAGCAUUUGGUGACCCUGUACCAGGUGUAGGGGAUAAGUCAAUUGAAAUGACAAAUACGAGCGUGCACAUUGCCAGGAAUUAUCUAUCUCAGAUCCUCAACGUCAGUAUAGAUGACAUACCCACACCGAUAUCUGCCGUGAUGUCGAUCUGGGACCAGUAUCCAAUAGGUGCUGCAUGGUAUUCGUGGGCUCCAGGCUACAAAUGGAAGGAUGUUGAAUCUAUGAUGUUGAAACCGUCAAGUACAGAUGAAAUAUAUAUCAUAUCGAAUACCUUCAGCCGAAGUUCAAGCUGGGCUAACGGCGCGCUGGAGAUUGUUGAAAAAGUUCUCAAACUACUUGGAUAAUAUACUGAGAUGCUGGAGAUAUUUGAAAAGAAUAAAAUCUUUGCAAACUGAGCGCUGAUGUGCUGGAAGUUGAUGCGUUAGAGAAUUAGAACAAACUGAAUAUAAACCUGCAUUGUGUAAAGCGACAAGACCAUUAACGAUGCUAUUGUUCGUAACAACUAUAGACAUAAACUAUCUAUAAUACUGUUGUGAAUACUCACGGAUUAUAUAUAAAUGAGAAUUAACACAUAUGUCCGCACGCUUAGUAUAAAAAGAAAAUGACUCACAUAGACGCGAGCUGUUACACCGUGUUCAAUCAGUAACGCCGAUUUACUAGGCGCCAUUACCGUAAAUCGUCGUUAUCGGUUGGACACGAUGUGAUAUUUAAAAGAAAAUUUAUUCACAUUUCUGCACGCUUAAAAAAAUUAGAGUAUUAGAAAAGUGACUCAUAUGACGAAAGUUUCGCAUAUAUCCGUACGCUAAAAGUAAAGAAAUAGUCUUGCAUAAAAAGUACCUUUACAGUGGGUCUUCGAAGAUAUUAAUGGGAUAUAAAUCAUAUAUAAACAAGGCA